UCGAUGAAUUCAAGAGUUACUCGAAGCAAAACACCGACUGCCGCUGUGCCGACUUGUGAAGUCAAAGAAAGGGAAACCCCACAAAUAUAUACAUACCUACAGCCCAUGUGUGUACCUGAAAGCCUGCAUAAAUAGAAGCAGCAGAAACUGACACAAAAAUUGCCAAACACCACAAAACGAGGAACAAAACAAUCUGUGCGCAUAAAUUGUUCAAGAAAUUGAAAUAAAAAAGAUACAGCAACGAAAAUGAGCAGCCAGAAAUAUCAAGGGACCACUGUGGAAAACAUCGACGAGAUCGACAGCUUCGUCGCGGACAUGGCCAGCCUCUGCAUGAACGAGCCCUACUCGGACGUGGAGUUCCUGGUGGAGGAUCAGCGGCUGCCGGGCCACCGUCUCGUUCUGGCGACGCGCUCUGAGUACUUCCGCGCUUUGCUCUACGGCGGUUUGGCCGAGUCGAACCAACGGGAAGUUCCGCUGGAGGUGCCGCUUGAAGCCUUCAAGGUAAUCCUGGGAUAUCUCUACUCGGGGAAGAUGCCUCUGUCCACACUGGACGUUGACACCAUUAUCGAUGUGCUCGAUUUGGCCCAUCUUUACGGGUUGCAGGCCGUCGAGUCGGGAAUAGGAAACUACCUGCAGCAGAAUCUUUCUGUCAGUAAUGUGUGCACGAUCCUGGAUGUCGCACGCCGCAACAAUCUCAACCAGCUGUCUGAAGAAUGCCUCAAUUUCAUCGACAACAAUGGCUUCGAUAUAGUAAAACAUGAUUCCUUCGCACAACUGCCCAAGGAAUCACUUGAGGAACUCCUGCGACGGGACAAGUUAUGGGCCCUCGAAAUUGAUAUCUUUCGAGCUGUAUGCAAAUGGAGGGACAACCAUCCGAACGAGGACUUCAAGACGGUGGCUGCGCUCGUACGUCUCCCGCUUUUGACUGUCCAACAGCUGGUGCAAGAGGUACGCCUCUCUGGCUUAUUCGAGCCGGACCAAAUAUUCAACGCCAUUGGUGAAGUGGAUACCGGAAAGAAUCUGCCCUACCGUGUCGGGUUGUUGCCGGGGGAGAAUGUGGCAUCAGGGAAACAUUUUGCGCGCCGUUUCCAGGAUGAGCAAAAUCGUACAGCCUUCCAGCUGAGAGACCUUUUCGUAAUCAACUUUAUUGAAGCUAUUUUCCAAUAUUCCGCAUAUAACAACACGUUCGAAGUGCAUGUUUCUAGCGACCAGACUCACUGGAAUCGUGUGGGAUCGAAAAGUGUUUAUGAAACCGCGACACAUUACUUAACAUUCAAACAGCGACCCGUUCGCUACAUUCGUUUUAAAGGUGUACCUAGUGGUUCUGUACAGUCUCUGACAGCCAUGUACAUAAAGUAGCACUGUGACUUUGUGCAUCAGCAGCGACCUCUGAGUGGGGAAGGUUACGUCCUUUGAUGAAAGUGAAAGGUAGUCGAACCCAUCUCUACUCUACAGGAAAUACAGACUUUAGUAGCCGUACGUAUAUCUACAUACAAAAAUUCAAAUGUAAUAAACUGAAAUUGUUCUCA